CACUCUCGCAGCAUAAAAUAGUAAACAGGAGGACUUUUUCUUUUCUGUGGCUAAACGAAAAAAAAGUUUUUUGUUGUUGUUGCUUGUAUUCUCUACGUGAUUCGCUAGCCAUUAAGUACUGUUCCGUUAGUUUUGUAUUGUGUGCAGUUGUGCGGAAUGGAAAGUGACAAAAUGGAAAUUUACGAAUCGCUGAUACGCUGGCUAGGAGUACUGCAACUUAUAGCUCCUCACGGAAACGUCCAGCAACUGAGUGAUGGCGUAGCACUAGCGCAAGCACUGAAUCAGAUUGCUCCGGAAAUAUUUAGCGAGGGUUGGUUAAGCAAAAUCAAAGUGGAAGUUGCCAACAACUGGAGGUUAAAAGUGAGCAAUCUGAAGAAAAUAAUAGACGGUGUGUACGUGUACUAUCAGGACAUUUUAAGCUUGAACCUUUCGGAGGAACUUCGGCCAGAUGCGAUGAAAAUUGCGGAAAAAUGUGAUGGCUUCGAAUUGGGUAGACUAUUGCAGCUUAUUCUGGGAUGUGCGGUCAACUGCUUGGAGAAACAAAAGUAUAUUACCCAGAUAAUGGAAUUGGAGGAAUCACUGCAACAGAACAUUAUGGCAGCUUUGCAGGAUAUUGAGUAUGUUUGGCAGGGAGCGUCGCCGUCACGAAAUUCCAUAAAUGCUCUCAGCUUGGACGUUAAGACACUUCAGGAAGAUCGUGACAGUUUGGCCCAAAAGUGCCACGAGACGAACAAGAAAAUGUUAAUUUUGAUCGAAGAGAAAUCGGCUCUUCAGCAAGAACUCAACAGAAUGCAAGUUCUGAUUGAACGGUACGAAAAUCCCAACAUCAUUGGAGAUGAUGGUGCCUCAUUGGGGCCGAUUCAGCUUGGAUCGGCUCGAUACAACGAUCUGCGAAAGUUGGCCGAUAAUUUAAGGGAUGAGUUGCUGCAAGCUGAGACAGCGCGGGAUGAUUUGAAGAUGAAAUCCGCGAUGCAGGAGAAAGAAAUUGCUGAGCAGCAAUCGAAGAUUGACGAGUUGCAUUCUGCCACAGCGGAGAUCGCACAACUCAAAGACGAAAUUGAUAUUCUGAAAGAGGCCAACGACAAGCUUAAAAUAUGCGAAACCCAGUUGCAAACAUACAAGAAGAAGCUGGAAGACUACAACGAUCUUAAAAAGCAAAUUAAAAUGCUUGAAGAACGGAGCGCUGAGUAUCUUAAACAAAAUCUGGGUUACGAAGAAGAAGCUAAAAAGUAUGCCGGUCUAAAAGGUCAGGUAGAACUAUACAAAAAAGAAAUCCAAGAUUUACACGCAAAGCUAGACUCCGAGAUGAGUAAGACACUUCGGAUCGAAUUCGACUUCAAUCAGUUGCAGGCCAAGUGGUCUGCAGUGCAGCGUGAAAAAGAGAAUUUACUCAGCGAGAGGGAUGUCCUGCGAGAGACUUGUGAUGAGCUAAAAUGUGGUCAUGCGACGGAGGACCCGGAGAGCGGUAAUACCAUGUCGAAAGAAUUGCAUUCCAGUGACGUUCGGGAUCGAAUCGAGCGGCUGGAAAAGGAAAACAAAGCUCUAAGGGAGGGACAAGGCGGACAAACGGCAUUGGCACAACUUCUGGAUGACGCGAACCAGCGCAACGAGAAGUUACGCGAUCAGUUGAAGGCUGCCAACCAGCGUGUUUUACUACUAAGUCAUAAUCACAGCGGCGAUAUUGGCGUCAAGAGCGAAUUGGACAUUCAGUUGAAACAAGCACUGGAACUUAACGAGCAACGUUCAUCUCAAAUAGACGAAGCACAAUCGCAAAUGACCCAGUUGCACACGAAAAUUGCUAGUCUGGAAGCGGCUUUGGCAACGAAAGAACAGGAACUGCAGACAGCUGAUACGCGCUAUAAAAAAUGCGUGGAAAAGGCGAAAGAGGUUAUAAAGACCCUCGAUCCACGAGCUGUCAAUGAAGCUUUACUCUUGGAAAAACCAUCGCAAGACUCGGAGGGUUCGUCUUCUUCGACGGCAGCGAGCGGAGGCGAUGCAUCUACGCUAACGGCUGCGUCAAACUCCAUCCGCGCUCCGAUGGGUGUUCAGGAAGAACAACUAAUUACAACCGCUUUCUAUCGUCUCGGAAUGACUUGUCAACGGGAAGCCGUUGAUUCAAGGCUCGCACUGCUCAGUGGACCUGGUCAGAGUUUUCUUUCCCGACAACGUACGCCAGCUCCACGAAAACCGAUGAAUUUGACAUUUGCCAAGAAAUAAAUGUUGGUACCACUGAAGAAGGCAUUCACUAGAUGUGCCUUAAAGGAAGUGUUUCGCGGAUAUUUUUAGUAAAGAAACUAGUAAUAGUUACAUCAUCGUACUGUAGGAUUUUUUUAUAAAUAUGCACAUUAUUUUAUUUAUUUUUUAUACACGCUAUCAAAUUGUCGGUAAUUUUUGUCGUUUAUUUGAACUUUGUGUAAAAACAAAGAUAAACAUUAUUCAUAUACUGCAACAUA